AUGCUUGCGACUGUGGGCUCCCUAAUGGCUAGAAUAUGGUCAGCAAUCCAUCUCUGGACUCUGAUGCUCACUCUUCUCACCUUCCUGCUCCUUGAUGACUACCUCAAAAACAGGCGCCCCAAGAACCAUCCUCCAGGGCCCUGGCGCCUGCCAUUUGUGGGCAACUUGUUCCAGUUUGAUUUAGAUGUGUCACAGCUGCACUUGAGGAUCCAGCUGUUUGUGAAGAAAUAUGGAAACCUAAUUAGCAUUGAUUUUGGUAACAUCUCUUCAGUGGUUAUAACUGGACUGCCCUUAAUCAAAGAAGCUUUCACUGACAUGGAACAAAACCUUUUGAAACGCCCCAUUCUACCUAGCAGGAAACGUGUGUUUAAAGAUAAUGGAAUUAUUUUUUCUAAUGGUCAGAAAUGGAAGGAGCAAAGAAGGUUUGCACUGAUGAUACUCAAGAGUUUUGGAUUAGGGAAGAAGAGCUUAGAACAACGCAUACAGGAAGAGGCUUACCAUCUUGUGAAAGCCAUGGAAGAGGAGAAAGGACAGCCUUUUGACCCUCACUUCAAGAUCAACAGUGCAGUUUCCAAUAUCAUUUGCUCCAUCAAUUUUGGGCAGCGUUUUGAGUAUGAUGACAAUAAGUUUCAGGAGCUAAUGAAGAUAACAGAUGAAGCCCUAUCUUCUGAGGCAUCAAUGAUAUCAGUGCUCUACAAUGUCCUUCCUUCCAUAAUGAAAUAUCUUCCUGGACCACAUCAAACAGUUUUCAGAAAUUGGGAAAAACUGAAAAUGAUUGUUUACCAUAUGAUCGAGAGUCACCGGAAAGAUUGGAAUCCUGAUGAGCCGAGAGACUUCAUUGAUGCUUUCCUUACAGAAAUGACAAAGUACCCAGACAAAACUACUACAAGUUUCAAUGAAGAAAACCUCAUCUGCAGCUGUCUAGAUCUCUUCAUUGCUGGAACUGAGACAUCAUCCACAACGCUGCGCUGGGCACUGCUCUACAUGACACUCAACCCAAAAGUACAAGAAAGAGUACACUCUGAGAUUGAUGGAGUGAUUGGACAAUGGAGGCAGCCAAGAACUGGUGACCGAGACUCCAUGCCCUACACCAAUGCUGUCAUCCAUGAAGUGCUGAGGAUGGGCAACAUCGUCCCCAUGAAUGUUCCCAGGGAAGUAACAGCUGAUAGCACACUGGCUGGAUUCCACCUGCCUAAGGGCAAAAUGAUCCUCACCAAUUUGACUGCUCUGCACAGGGAUCCCAAAGAAUGGGCCACUCCAGAUAUAUUCAAUCCAGAGCACUUUUUGGAGAAUGGACAGUUUAAGAAGAGAGAAUCCUUUCUGCCUUUCUCAAUGGGAAAGAGAGCUUGCCCUGGAGAACAACUGGCCAGAACUGAGCUGUUCAUUUUCUUCACUGCUCUUAUGCAAAAAUUUACCUUUAAGGCCCCAGUUAAUGAAAAGCUGAGCCUGAAGUUCAGAAUGAGUGUUCCCAUUUCCCCAGUCAGCUACUGCAUCUGUGCUGUCCCUAGACAAUGA